GAGGGCAAGAGAGUGAAGGAAGGAAGGAAGGAAAGAGGGGGCGGCGAAAGCAGAGCUGUGAUGCAGGCAGUGAAUCACAUGAGCAGGGAUCUGUUUACAAACCGAGAGCUGCAGAUGAGAAGUGGAGAAGAGAGACGAGGGAGGAGAGUGAACGUGAGAGGAGCCUGGAUCAGAAUUAAGAUUAGCGCCGUUGUCUUCCUGUGUUACCAACCCUGCGCCGUAGGUUCUGCGUAUGGAGCAGGGAGGCAGAUGGAGGCGCUGCCAUCGACUUUCCACGGGAGAACCUGCCCGGAUAACAGGGAAAUUCAUCCGUGUCGAUUUUCUUUGUCUCUCCACAGCAGGAAUUUGAAGCCAUUGAUAAAAAGAGUGACACAAGGAUAUAACAGUGACUUGGGAUUGCAUCCGUGAGUCCACGUAGGUUUCUUUGUCAUCCAUUGAAGAUACAAAGGCGGAUCUGACAGUCGAUGGGAGUGUUUAGUGGAUGGCUCCUUUGUGUUUUAAACUAAGUAAACCUGGUUUUAGUUACCAAUCCCAGAGAACUUGUUGAGAAACCCAAAACUUUUCCCGACUGAGUGCCGGUAAACCAUUCACACGUUAUUGGAUGCAUCCGGUUCACUGGUGUUACGGGUGUCUGUGUGACUUUGAACUGCAGCACUUUGUCCCUGACUGCAAGAUGACAAGCGAAAGUCUCUUCAACCUGCCGCUUAAUAUUUACAUCAUCAUCCUGGGCAUCGGCCUCUUCAUCCUCAUGCUCAGCCUCAUCUUCUGCUGCUACUUGUUCAGACUAAGAAGACAAGGUACAAGAGAGCAUUAUGGCUACAAUGAGGUAGUUCUAAAAGGAGCAGGAAAGAAACUGAGUCUUCUUGGUCAAACGUGUGCAGUAUGUUUGGAAGAGUUUCGCAGCAGGGAUGAGCUUGGAGUGUGUCCGUGUUCCCACGCUUUUCAUAAGAAAUGUCUGCUGAAAUGGUUAGAAAUCCGGAGUGUGUGUCCGAUGUGUAACAAGUCAGUUUGUCGAAUCCACAAUGAGCCCCAACAAAUGCCUGAGCAGCCACAGAGUCUCUCCGAGGUCUGAUAAAGGAGCCCUACCCAGCAAUGCACAGCAAUGCUCUCCGUUCAGCUGAACUCUCUGACACAGUUUUAGUUUUUUUUUUUUUUUCUUUCUAAAAAUGGAAAUUUUUUUGAGGCAGAGUUACUCUUGCAGAGAUUUUAAAAUAAACAUUGUUGUGAUCAGAAGAACAUUUUUGGAAAAAAGACAUGAGGUAAUGGUAACAACAUCUUAAUGUGGGGGUUUGUAAAUCAAAGUAAGAAUGCUUAAUGUUGAAUAUCUUGUGCUCAAGUUGGUUGAAAGUCAACAUCAGGUUGUGAGUUGAAAUAUACUUUUUCCCCCAGAUUGAUUGGUAACACCGUAAUAUCCUGGAUUUUGUGCAAACAAAAACUGACAGUGGUGCAACGAAAAGACACUGCUUUUAUGUACAAGGCAGCCAUAUUGAUUAAAACUUUCCAGUAAGCUAGCUGAGAAAGUUCCUGUGACUUUGAACUCAACUUGAAUGCUAACAUUCUCAGUACAUGGGCUCAUGCUAAUGCUAAGUGCCUUAAAGUCAUGUAAGCAUGUACUAAUAAGUUUUUAGCAUUAUAUUUCAACCCGUUCAGUGCCAGCAGAGAAGUGAAGUGACCUAACCAAGACGUAGACUAUGUAUUCAGGGCCAGUGGUAGCAAAAAAAAAGUGACAUACAGUGGACCCCUGUUGAUUUUUCUGUAGAACUUUGCCUCCAAAUUAUUUGCAGAAAACGUACUCGUUGAUUGGAAGCUGAGAAAUUUAGGCGCAAUGCAACGUGACACAUUAUUGGCUGGUGUUUGGGAAACAGCCAAUCCAGGAGCUCCCUACAUUUUCCUUAACGCUGAUUGGCUGAACCCACAAACACGAAGAUAAGGACAACAGACGUGUUGGCUUCUGCGGUAGUGCUACAACAGUUUUCGUUUCAUAUUGCAGGUUAUAAGGUAUACAGUUUCAAUUGUUAUAAUUAGCAGUUGCAAGCAUUUUAGAAGCGUUCCUAAGUAUUCAGUAUUUUAGCUCUUAGCGGACGGUUAUAUUCUCUAACCUCUGCGAAUAUCGAGAGCCCACUGUAUAAAGUUGAGUUGUUUACUGGUUGUUCAUGUCUUUUACGUGCGAAAAUUUUAUGUGAAUUCAAUAAGACGAAGUUCAAACCAUACAUUUCUUUCCAACAAAACAUUGACAAGGUGUAUCGUACACAGAAAAGAGUCAAUCGGGCUUACCAUAGUACACAGACUAAAUUGAUAUCUCUCUCCCAUAGUAACGACUCAUUAACGCGCCCGCCAUAUUGUGAGUGGCUUGGAAAAUAACGUAUCACUAGAAAGUAGAUUUUCAAAAUAAAAGACAUAAAAAUUACUUUGGAUUACGAAGUAAUUUUUUUGUGACCCCCAAAAAAGAUAUCUAAACAGUGUAAGUAAAUUGAUAUCUAAACACUGAAAGGUGUAUAUAUAAAGGUUCUUUCCCAUGCUAUUGUAAGUAAAUAAGUAUCUGAAUGUAGUUAAAAUUAUGAAGAUGUGAAACAAUAAGAGGUGCUGUACCUUAGGAAAUAUGUUUUUUUUUUCUUAGACCACCAAAGGCAAAACAGAAAAACCUUCAGCUGUUGAAAUUUUUUGGAACAGGAUUACUCUCUUUCAUACAUAAAAAAAAAAUGCCACUCACAAAAUGGCAGUGAAACUUGUAUAGGAUCCAUUUUCAAGCAAAAUCCAUUCUUCUAGUGGAUAUAGGUGACUUCCUCUGACGUUAAAAGGGUUUGGAUCAGUGAGAAAUUGUGCUAUCAAGUUGUGAAUGUUCCCAGAUGAUGUUUUGUAGUGAAAUUGAUCAUUUUUGCCUCCAGUUCUGCCUCAGAGAAAUGUUUUCAUGUCAAAUGCUCUCCAUAGACAUUCCAUCUUGUGAAAAUUGUGUAUUUUCUAUUCUAUUCUCUUUUUUUUUUAUUAGCAAGACUUUAAUCAAAUGAAGACUCUUCUUUGGGGAAAAAAGAGGUGGGGGAAUUAAGCCCACUAUACACCAACACACGAAGAAUCAGAACUCUGGUUUGGUCUAUGUUCUCUCAAAACUGAAAUGAAGGUUUCCACAGGUUCCCUUUAAUAAGAAGAAACUCCACACUGGAUUUUUUAAUUUACAAAACAUGGCAAUUACAAACUAACCAGCUAAUUAUAUCAAAAUAACAAA